CCUGCAGGCUCCGCCCCCGAGCGUCCACUCUGGCGUCAGCGUGUUGGAGGAGGCCCUGUCCCGGCAGCACAAGCAGGGCUCCCGCGCGGAGGGAGCCCCGCCCACCUACAGCGAGGUGAUCGGGCACUACUACCACCCGACGUCCCGGACUGUGUCGUCCCCGUCCUCGCUCGUACGCGGCCUCCUCAGACCGCUGCCGCAGCAGCCAGGAAGCGUGGACAGCAGGAACGCGAGGAACACGAAGGAGAAAUCCCAGAAGCCCCAGCAGGUGUGACGAGGACCGGUCACAUGACUGGUGAAACCCACCGUGAAGGGCCAGCAGUUAGACUGACGGGGGGGUCGCAGAGGAGCGUCUGCUUCUCCCUGCACCCCCACUUCCUGUUUGAGGAGCCCUUCGAGGUGGAAAAGAUGAAGGUGACUGAUCUGCAUCAUGCAUUAUAAAUAUUUACUUGUUUUUGUUUGUCCUUUGAAGAACAUUUCCUCACUUCCAGAUCCCGUCACGUUGGUUCUUGGAAAGUUUUUUUUUUCUCGUGAUAAUCCCGCCUCGCUGCUUCUCGUCUCACUCCUGCACCGAGCUUCGGUCCGAUCACCGGGACGCGUUGGCGCCGUUUAGCGUGUUAGUUAGCGUAAUCAGCAGUUGUAGCGCAGCGCUGAACGUCCCGGAGCUGAAAGCUCUGCCUUACAUCCUCCACCUCCUGCAGGAGUUCUUACUAAAAUCUGUUUCAGUUUCCUGAAGGUUUGCACAAAGAAAUCUGCAGUUUAAAUGAUCAAAAGGGGGAAGAUGUGUGGGUAUUUUCUUCUUAAACGUGAUGCAUUCCUUAUUUUUUCUGUUCCUUUUAUUGUCUAGUUUUAUUUUUUUUAAAAGAGAAACGCGGGGUGCCAACCUUCACAUGUUGAAACGUACAUGUUGACAUGUAUAUUUGUUACAUAUGGACUUUAUACACACAUGGAUGCAAACCGAGAGAGUGGAAAGCACGAGUUUAGAGUUAUUUAUAUAAUUGCUGAAAAGAAUUGCACUAUUUUUUUAGGAUGGAACGUUUGAGAGAGACUUUUAUUGUGAAGGAGCUCUGUGGUUUGGGUUUUUAAAAAGACAGAAGAGACUCACCAGAGUGCGCACAGCGGCUAUGAUCAGAUUGUGGGGAGGCUCUAACUUUGGUUUAAUGGACUCAGGCUAUCCAUUACUGUACCAUUGAUUAAAAGAAAAACAAAAACAAAUCUCCAGUUUAUGCAAACGUCUGAGUCCUGCGAGCCAAACAAACGUUAGUAUCCAACCUGUGGGUCCAAUCAGAACCCCCCCCCCCCCCCCCCCCCCCCCCCCCCCCCCCCCCCCCCCCCCCCCCCCCUCGCUCCCUCUUCCUCAGCCUUUUGGCCGAAUCAGAGCAAUCCCAAAGCCGGCUGCUACUACCUCGACCAAACAAGCACAGUUUGUUGUCAGACUUGGUCUCCUUUAAGUCUGAGCUAAUCAAGAUGAUGAGUAGAAUUAGCCUUUCCGUGUUAUUUUCUUUGAAAGUCUAAACCUUUGUUCACUGGGUGAGGAGAGAGGGGCAGCGAACGUCUCGUAGUUUGAAACUCAGGAAGGAAGCUCAUCGCCCAACAGGCCCUGAAUGUCUGCACUGCCGCCGCCGCUGCUGCUGCUGCUGCGCCGACAUCACAAACACUUGGCAUCAAACGAUCCUUUCAAACACACACAGUUGUCUCUGGUGAGUCUCUGUCUCUUUGCAGGCAUCUUUGAGCACUUUACUGCAGCAGGAAGGAGACAACAAUCCUCUGUCAGCCAGCGUCAAAACUCUCAAAACUCUGAAACAGCAACGAGUCUUCACAGUUUACAGAUGCACGUUUAAAGGAUGCAAAAGAGUCGUGCAACAAAGCUUCAUUCAGAAUUUUUCCUU